AUUCUCUUUACAGUUUUACCAAAUUAAGAUUAGAAUACAGAACAAACAACAAAAUUAGCCUCGUAAAUUUUAAAUCCAAUCUCAACUAAAUAUCGUUCACUUUAAUUAGUUUUUUGUUUUUCCUCUGUCACGUUAUUAAUUAGUUCAAUGUCUGGAAACCAAAAACUAUGAUUUUAGCUCCCAACAUUCUCUACUUCCUAUUUCUUUUUGUUCAUAAUUGAACAUCUUGAUUCAACUUUUUUUUUUUUCAAGAAAAAGAAAAGUUAUAGGUCGUAGAAUGUUGAAUCAAAAUGUUUUUUAAGGAAAUCAUCAACAAUCGCUCUUAAUCGAGCCGAAGUGAAGAAUUACGUGAUCUCUUUUCAGUUUUGAAUUCAUAUGAUUCUUUAAUCAUAGUUUCCAGGGAAGAAAAAAAAAACUAGUAAACACACAGAAUAGUUUCCUCUUUUUUUUUUUUUUUUUUCUUUUCUUUUCUCUUAGAAACAAUAUAUUUUGAUUUGUUUUGGCGAUUUCAUUAUGUCCAACUACAAAAUGAAGGGCCUCUUCAAGGGUCUUAGGUUUAUUUCUCAAAUAUUUGAAAACGAGAAAGAGCCAGAGAUGCAAAUUGGAACGCCAACAGAUGUAAAGCAUGUCGCUCACAUUGGUUGGGAUGGAGGAUCUGUCGAUCAAAAUCCACCCAGCUGGAUGAAUGAUUUUAAAGUAUCGGGUGGAUAUUCAUCGGCGCCUCUCGGAAAUAUCAAGGAGGAUGUUUCAUGCAUUUCUGAAGAUUCGACUCGGUCACGAGAUACACCUGCUGGACUUCCGAAAUCGUCGAGAGAGCGUUCAAGCACGUUAGGUGGUGGUUCACCAGCAAAAGAACAACGAUCACGACGUGGAUCUUCGCAUUCAAGUAGUGGAAACCCUAAAUCUUCACGGAGGUCGAAAGAAUCUUCUGAUCAAGAUAUUGGUUCAAGAAAAUCUCGUCGGAAAAAGUCAAAGGAUAGUAGUUCUGUAAACGGAGGGUCUUCAAGAUCGUCACGAAGAGCACGUGGAUCUCAGACAGAAUCAGUAAAUGGUUCUAUUGUGUCCGAUGAAGGAUCAAUGAUAUCAAUCGAUCUCCACUGAUAUACAUAUAGAUAUCUAUAAUUAAAGAGACAAUAUAGAAAAAGUUCGGAAUUUGUCUCAUCAAGAGAUCACAUAGCUUUGGUUGGUUACUAGGAAUAAGGAUCAUCAAGCUAAUAAUGUGUUUCCGAUUUUUCUAGCGAGAUAUUAUAUAUGUCUCGAACGAUCAACUGAAUUCGGAUGUGGAUUUUGUGUUGAUAUUUUGUCUCUCGGAUUAUUAAACUUAUAACGCAGUAUGCAAUGCGCAUGUGAGCGUGUACAAAGAAAAUGAAAAGAAAGAGUCCAUGUAUUAGACGAAAACGAUGUGACAUGU